AUGGGUGCAUACAGGUCACCAGAUACCUCAAAGGUGAGGAUGAAGAUGGUGUAUGCAAGUUCCAAGGAUAGAUUCAAGAGAGAGUUGGAUGGCAUUCAAGUUGAUAUGCAAGCAACUGAUCCAAUCAUCAAAGCUACUGAAAGAAUGGUGACACUGAUAAUUCCUGCUGAUGAGUGUCGUUAUGCGGUCUAUGAUUUUGAUUUCACAACUGAUGAGAACUGCCAAAAAAGCAAGAUCUUCUUCAUUGCAUGGUCACCAGAUACCUCAAAGGUGAGGAUGAAGAUGGUGUAUGCAAGUUCCAAGGAUAGAUUCAAGAGAGAGUUGGAUGGCAUUCAAGUUGAUAUGCAAGCAACUGAUCCAAGUGAGAUGAGCUUGGACCUUGUGAAAGCCCGAGCCAUCUAAUAUGCCCUCCUUUUAUUGUUAUGGAUCAAUUCCCAACUAUUUGGCAACUUUUGGAGCCAUGUUUCUUUGCCUAGUAUACCUUGGAUUCAACAAUGACUAAUCCAAAAUGAUAUGCAUAUGCAUCAUUCAUUCUUCCUUGUACUCCUCCAUCCUUGUUCAGUUUCCUUGAAGGGUUCAAGAUUAGUAGCAUCGGUUGGUUCUCUACCAAGUUGCCAAUCUGACCACUUGGUUGGUUUUUGUGCAGUCAUCAAAGCUACUGAAAGAAUGGUGACACUGAUGUAUGUCUGAUGUCUUUGUUUUUCUAUUCUUGUUAAUUAAUGUCUCAUUCCAUUUUUUAUAUCACUUGUUGGGAAGUUUAUGGUAUAGAAAUGAUUUAUAUAUGAAACCAAUACAUAUUAAUAAAUGUACGAUCGGAUUCACAACA